AUGGCAUCGCCAUCCCCUUGUCCAGCGGCUUUACAGUCAAAAUUAUUACAAAUUAGAAAACAGAUACAAGAUGAGCAUAAACAGACAGAAAAGGAUAAUUUAUUUAAUCCUUUAAUAUCACCUGGUCCUGCAUCCAUUGUCCUAUUAAAUACCCAAAUGACAGCAACUAACGGUUUGCCAAAUAAGAAGGUAAAUAAAUUAAAUAGUUCGGACGAAGAAACAAAUGACGUACAACAAGAACAAGAAGUACCGACUAGUAACAAUAGUAACACUCAGAGAGGUAUGUUUGCUGCUGCUGCAUUAAAUGCAGCGGUUACAAGACCUUUACCAUUAAAAAGAGGUGGGUUGAAACAUCAUCAACAACAACAACAAUUGAGGUCCUUAUCAUCCAAUAGUGCUAGUAGUACAGGUAGUUAUAAUAAUGAUCUUACUAAAGUUCAAUGGCCUGUUAAGAAUAAUUAUAUAGUUUCUAAUAAUGAUAAUGUGAUUACUUGUAAAUGUGGUACUAAUACUAGAGUAGAUCCAAUAAAUUUAUCAAGAGAUGAUUUAUUACAAUGUUAUCAUUGUCACAGGUGGCAACAUAUGAAAUGUUAUGGUUUGAAAAAUAAAUUAGAUAUUUUACCAACAAAAUAUUAUUGUAAUAAUUGUAAACCUGGAUUAUCUUCUGAGUCAUAUAAGAUUAAUAAAAAGACUAAAUUGUUACAAAAACAACAGAAAGAAAAAAUUAGUAAUUUAAACUUACAGAUACAGAUGCAAAUACAGAAACAAUUGAAAUUGAAUAUUCUUAACAACAAAAUAAAUAAAAAUAAAAGUGAUUCAACAGAUGAUAAAGACUCAUCCCAAGUAUCACCUGAAUCACAUUCACCAUUAAAUAGUGAUGACAGGUGUAGUCCCUCACAGUCACCACCUUUAUUAAGUGCAGACUUGAUAAAAUCUAGAUUGAUUAAAGAAGCUAGUCAGGGUGCAUUCGAGACUUACCAAUAUCGUGAUAAAUAUAUUAAAUUGUUUGUGGAAGAUCAUAGUAAUGAUGAUUGGGUAAUUCAAAUCAAUAGAAAUUUAGAUAUUUCACCAUAUUCCAUUGAAACUAAACUUAUAGAUGAAAAGACUAAGGGUGUAUUUGCAAAAACACCUUUCGCAAAUAAAAGUUAUAUUAUGGAAUUCCCUGGUAUGAUUGAUUUCCAAAAAAAUUAUAUUGCAGAUCCAGAUAAUCAAUAUAGAAUAUGGGCAACAACACAACCUGAAGUAACUUUCCAUCCACAUUGGCCAAUUCUAAUAGACGCAAGGGCAGUCGAUGAUACUGAUCCUAAGCAUUGCAUUAAAUACAUAAGAAGAAGUUGUUAUCCAAAUGUUGUCAUGAGUACUAUAAAGAUUAGAUCUCAAAUAACGAAUAAAAUGGAGGUUUACUUUAUGAUUAAUGCCAUACGAGACAUCAAGGUUGGCGAAGAACUGUUAAUCGGAUGGCAGUGGGACCUUAGACAUCCGAUAUCUAGGGUAUUAAAUGAUAGAAAUGCCGUUGAACAUAUGAAUGAUAUGGAUAAGUUAUGGUUGAUCCAUGCUAUAGAUAUCAUUUGGCAAACUUGUCAAUGUGGUUGUAGUGAUGAUUCUCGAUGUAUGCUAUUACAAAUUAAAAAAUACGCUGACUCAUUUCUCAGCGGUCUUAAACAAAAGAAAAAACAUGUAAAUGUUUAA